AUGGAUGCGUUUCACGCAGCGAAACGUAGCGCUAUAACCGCCAUCAAACGGACCUUGGAAGAAAUUGAUCGUUGCAUCAUGGUUCGCGAAGCUCCUCGCUAUCAUCGGCUGUGCCAGGAGAUGCAAGAUGGCCCUGUACCCCUACCCAGGGAAGUCCGCGAUAUAAUCUAUGGAUACAUGUUUCAAGACUCACGUGUCUUGGUAAGAGAAGAAAGCGGAAACUCCGGCCCCAUCGAUCAUCCCCUAGACUGGCUAAAAGAAAGGUCUAUCCCUUACAGCUAUCUACUGAAACCAACUGGCUAUUUCGAAGACUACCCUGUCAUAAGGCAAGAGUUGAUCACAGCGUGGUACAGCAGUUCUACCUUCUAUAUCGGAGAAGCCAACACCAUCAAAACCUUUCACUCUCGGUCUCAAUGGAGUGCUGGCUUCGAACCACUGAAGCAUGUACGAAAAGUAGAAAUAGCGAUGCCUGAACACGACCUCACGGUCAAUCAGACCGGCUACUCGCAACAGCUCAACUCUCUCUUCGUACUCGAAAAGAGUGCUACCAUUGCCAUCGGUUUAUGGGAUCUCAUUCCGGAGGGAUCUGACUUGAUGGACCCGUAUGUUCCUACAAUGAAAGAAUAUGCGGGAUUCGCGGGAUGGCUAUUCCCAGUACUGCGGCGCCUGACAAUUGCCGGAUACAAGGUUAUCGUGAAAUUGGAGUGUGACCUGACAUUCCUGGUAGAACCGGAGGAGACUACUGUGGAAGGGUGGGCACAGAAGAUUCACGCGGCUAUUGAGGAACGCAAAACGCUCAUGUCGCGUGAGUACUUCACAGAUGAAGAUGAUUCGGACUAUGAUCGCAUGUUCGAUGAGGAUGGUAAUUAUGAUUCGGACUACUUGGACCAGUACGCGGACCCGUAUGUUGACUAG